UAUGAAGCCAGAGAAGAUUUGAACACCAAGUUUGACAACAGAAGCUGUACCAGAACCCUGGCAGUGAAUGAUUGAUUAACGCUGUAGAAUUAUUUGCUGACUCUCUGGGUUUGUCAAGGCUGAAGGUCGUGCAAGGUUUGAAUACUCCAUUCCCCUCAUUCCCAAUGCUAUGUGGAGAAAGAGCUGCAAGAGGAAGUUAUUGCACCCAGGGCUUGAAUUUAACUUUUAAAGGUAACAAGUCCUCUAACAAGUUUUCACUAAGGACAAGGCUAGUGGUAAUGGUGUCUAAAGUCUUAUACACACAAAGCAUCAGGAAAAGAGGAUACGCUCAGACGAGUGAAUGAAUACCCAGUACUGCUGAGUCCGUUUCUCAACUACAGCAGUGAGCCAACAAAGUCUUUGCACUUCCAAGAGCUAACCUGAGAUCUUCCGAGAGGCUCACAGAUGUGAGCAUACGUGCAUCUAACUGAUUGGCAAAAGACCAGCUAAUAUUAGAGGGCUAUGGAUCAAACCCUGAUUUUUGCAAUUCCUGGCAGUACUGCCUCAGCUGAUGGUAUAGCAUAAAGAUAGCCGUGUCACCAGAGCUGCUCGCGGCAGGAGCAUCAACUUGGCGCUGUCUCACAGAGGACGCCAGGCCCUCAAGGCCAUUGGGAUGGAAGAGCAGAUUGUGGCCAAAGGCAUCCCCAUGCGGGCCAGGAGGAUACACACGCCCUCAGGAAACACAUAUUCCAUCCCCUAUGGAACAAAGAGCCAGUACAUUCUCUCCGUGGACAGAGCAAAUUUAAACCAAGAGCUGCUAACGGCGGCUGAGAAGUACCCCAACACUACGUUGUACUUUGGACACAAGCUGCUCCGCUGCCACGUUGAAUCAGGGCUAUUAACCUUACAAGGACCUGACCAAAGACCCAUGGAAGUCACUUGUGACCUCAUAGUGGGAUGCGAUGGAGCCUUUUCUACAGUCAGAAAGCAGUUCAUGCGGCAAACAUGCUUUAACUACAGCCAUGUAUACAUUCCUCAUGGGUAUAUGGAGUUGACCAUCCCACCCAAGGAUGGGGAUUUUGCCAUGGACGAGAAUUACCUUCACAUCUGGCCCAGGAACACCUUCAUGAUGAUAGCGCUGCCUAACCUGGAUAAGUCGUUCACCUGCACGCUCUUCAUGCCCUUCGAGGAGUUUGAACGGCUCACAACAGGUGAUCAAGUGCUGGAUUUCUUCCAAACCUACUUCCCAGAUUCAAUUCCCCUCAUAGGAGCGCGAGAGCUGCAGCGUGAUUACUUUUUGCUGCCACCCCAGGCCAUGAUCUCUGUGAAGUGCUCUUCGUACCACAUCGCCUCCCGGUGUGUGCUGAUGGGAGACGCCGCCCACGCCAUGGUACCGUUCUAUGGGCAAGGCAUGAAUGCUGGAUUUGAAGACUGCCUGGUCUUCGAUGAGUUAAUGGACCAGUUCCACAAUGAUCUCAGUGCCUGCCUGCCCGAGUUCUCCCGGCUGCGAGUGCCCGACGACCAUGCCAUUUCCGAUCUAGCCAUGUACAACUACUUGGAGAUGCGUGCACAUGUUAAUUCCAAGUGGUUCAUUUUCCGCAAGUACGUGGACAACUUUCUUCACUGGCUCAUGCCGUCCACCAUUAUCCCGUUAUACACAAUGGUCACGUUCACCAGAAUACGCUACCACGAGGCGCGGCAGCGCUGGAAAUGGCAGAACAAGGUGAUUAACAACGGACUCUUCGUAAUUGGGGCAGCAGCAGCACUGGGGGGCAGCUACCCGCUCAUAAAGUGGCUCUCCCGUAAGUCCGACUCCUGCGCAGAAAAGCCGUGGAGCUGGAUACUUCAUCUCAAGAAAAUUGGAAGUGUCCCGCCGGAAACACAGCUGGCAUAAAUGCCAGGGGAGCCGCUGAGGGGACACACAGCAAAGGCCUAGGCUGUAAACUCGGAGAGGCGACUAGGGGGAGGGACACAAAGGGGGCACCAGCUAAAGGGGACGCUCUCUCCCGGGCAGCCUCCGGCCACGCUGCCUGCCUGGGACGCUGCCCGCCGUGGUGUGGCACACGGGGGCUGCUCUCUAUGGGCUGCCUCUGGCAGGCAGCGUGGCCAGAAGCUGCCUGGGAGAGGGCAGCGUCUGCAUGCCGCACCAGGUAAUGUGGCCGGAAAAGGAGAGGCUCUGGCCCCGCCUCUUCCCUUCCGGCUCUGGCCCUGCCCCUUCAUCUCCCCAGCUGCCAGCCUUGCCCCCUUCCCCAGCGUUUUGGGGUGGGUCAUGUGACCCUUUGCCUCCCCCCCGGGUCGCCAUUGAGAUCCUUCCAAGGUGCCACACAUCCUAGCGUCAGGAAGUCCCCAUCAGGCGGGAUGUUCCAGAAUGAACCUCCACCCCUCGUCAGACUUGGACUUCAGUGCAGAGUCAUGCUCACCGCAAGCCACGUGUCUCCACAGGGAGGCUGCUGGCCACUCGGAUGGGACCAAACUCCCAUUAGGACUUUCUGCCGAGAGAGCUCCUCCAUGGUUUUCAAACUGGCUCUUACCGGCUCUCCUGGUAAUAUUGAAAGGCAGUUUGCGGGCAGGCAGCUCCCCAAUCAUAGAUCACUGUCGCUGAAACAGUUCAGUUCUGUUUCCCUCUGGAAAGUUUUACUGCUAUUGAGUUUGUUUAGGUCCAGGAUUUCCCGGCACCCCCAUCCCUCUGUUUGGCAGGAUGAGUACUAGGAUACAACCACCUGGGUUAGCCUUGGUUCAGCAAGAACCUUGGGCAUGCGGCUAACUCUGGGCAGCGUGGAGAGUCCCAUUGAGUUCAGUGGGAUUACUCAUGUGCCUAAAGUCAGACACUGGCUGAAAUGAGGCCUAAGCGCUCAUGUAACACAUGGGAUUUUUAAUCAGUAAACUCCCAUUAUUUUGUCACCCUUGUCUACCCAAAUAAAAGCUGUUUGAAACAAAA